UAAAGUUUGCCUUAUAGCACAACAGUUUAUAAUUAUUUUUAAUAUAAUUAAGCAAUGGGUUCGUUAACAAGUCGACAAAACGCUGGUGUAGAAGAAGUUGAUAUUGUUUCAAAUCAUGCAUACAAAUAUCCUCCUCGUUCGGGAAGUUAUUUUGGUAGUCAUUUCAUAAUGGGUGGUGAACGGUUUGAUACACCUCAACCAGAAGCCUACCUUUUUGGAGAAAAUGCUGAUUUGAAUUUUUUAGGAAGUCGCCCAACACCUUUUCCAUAUCCUCCACCACAAGCUAAUGAUCCUACUAAAACGUUGAAAAGCUUAGUAAAUAUAAGAAGAGAAUCAUUAAGAUUGGUUCGUAAUGUUGAUCAAACUUCCACUUCACCUCAGUGUCAUAGUGUUAAACAUUAUGGAGAUGGUGAUAUAGACAAGAAAUCAAAUCGCUAUAAUAUUGAAUUUACAUUUGAUUGCGAUGUAAGAUGUGCAAUCACAAUAUAUUAUUUUUGCACCGAAGAAAUAACAACAAAAGGAGCUACAUACAUACCAAGGGAUCCAUCUAUGAAUUCUGAGACGUAUUAUUAUAAGAAAGGUGCCAAUCAGUUAUUCUCUCAAACGUCACAUAUGUUUGAUCCAACUGCCUACAGCAAAGAAGAUUUAUUAUACAAUGCUGACAGGGAAAUAAUUCCAAUAGCAAUCCAUUGUGUAGCAGAAGAAGGCUCAGACGAACCAAAACAAUCUCAUACAACUAUAGCAGUUGUUGAAAAACAUUCGGAUGGAACAUACGUAUUAAAAGCUCUUAAACAAAAGCUUUAUGUUGAUGGCCUUUGUUACUUGCUUCAAGAAAUAUAUGGAAUUGAAAAUAAAAACGCCGAAAAUGCAAAGCAACAAGGUAGUGAUGAAGAUACAGAUGAUAAUGGAUCAGAAUGUGUUAUUUGUAUGUGUGACGUGCGAGAUACUUUAAUAUUACCGUGUAGGCAUCUAUGCCUAUGCAAUAGCUGUGCAGAUUCUCUUCGAUAUCAAGCGAACAAUUGUCCAAUAUGUCGGGCCCCUUUCAGAGCUCUCCUUCAAAUUAAAGCUCUACAGAAAGCAACUGGAGCAAUUAUAUCAAAUCCACCAUUACCAGAGGUCAAUAUUUAUUUAUUCAUACAAGGAAGUUGUGAAAAUAUACCAGCUGGAUACGAAGCUGUAUCGUUAAUAGAAGCUUUGAAUGGUCCAUAUAUUCCAAGAACUGCUGUUCUUGCGCCAGAAUCUCCAGACACUCCUGAUACAGAUACAGCCAGUGCGAUUCAAGCAGCUGAAGCAUUAAAUAGGUCUAUAGAACGUACACCUGUAUCGAAACAUGUAUCUUCAAAAGAUGGAGAUGUAUCUGCAAGAACAAGUGGUACUACAUGCCCUACCCCGGAAUUUCGAAUGUCUGUCUUGUUAGCCAGAGAUGAACAUUCAGGAUCACAGAAAGAUUUACAUAGCCGAUCUCCAGCAAUGAGGAUGAAAAACUCCGGGCAUUUACGGGAAAAGGCAGUAUUACGAUCACGAGAUACCCUUAGACUUGUUAAUGAAAAACAACCAGUUUCUCUUUACGAGUAUUUACAGGGACAAGGACAAGAUGAAGACAGCGAGGCAGAGAAAUUAUCUCCAUUAUUAGAUGCAGCAACUAGUACAGAGGCACUUGAUACUCAUAGUCGCGGAAUAUGUGAUAUAGAUAUUGAUGACGAGAUUCAAAACACAGAAAAUGAAAAUGACGCGGAUAUUACAUGUCAUUCACAUUGAAAUAAAUAUCAUCAGAUGAUAUCUAAUUAUGUCUUCUAAAGAGAAAAAAAUAAAAU